UCGGCCGGUAGAUUCCGCUUCCGCACAUCCGCCUGCGAUUAGCAAAUUCUUUUCUGCGACUGAAUCACCAUAAUUCGCUUAAAGCGGCAGAUAGAUAGACACACCCUAGCGAACCGAUCCAAUCCGCGAUGUCGCCGGCGGCGGCGGACUGUCCCUUGAGCCAUUGCUGCCUCUGGAGUAAGCUGUGCUUGCCGCUGGUCCCGCGCGUUGAUCCCAACCGGGAGUACGCCUUCAUGCCGACCGACGCGGAUGACAUCCCCGCGCGGCCGGUUCUGGUCGGCAUCAUGGCAACGUUCGAGGGCGAGCGCUGGCUACACCUGCAUCGAUUCCGCGUCGCGCGCUCCGGCCGUGUCCUUGGCGGCGCCCUGGAGACCUUGGGUGGCGACUACUACAAGGCCAAGACCCCUAUAUCGCACAUCCGUUCUGCCACCGCCGUGGGCAGCCCGGACGGCCGCUCCCUCUCGCUUUGCUUCUUCUCUUCGGAAGCCGACUUCGCCGAUCUCAUUGCCAGCAAAAUCUCCCCUCCCGUUCCCCUGCAGCUGCAUAUGGACCUCGCCGCCGACGACGACAGGGGUAUUACUGUGUCACGCCUGCCUGGCCUAUCGCCAGAAGUAGGGCCUUUUAUGCCGACCUGCCCCAUCUCGGCCGCCGGCGAUCUCUGGGCUCCGUACCUCACUGAAGUUUAUGGCCCAUCCAGCCUCGCGAUGCAGCGCUUUGACAAGGAUGCUGCCAAGUGGGUGGUGGUCGGCACCGUCGUGUUGAAGCUUCCCCCACCUGGCCCUGACAUGCUCAGCGAUACAAUCCCUGCCCUCCAGGGGCAUGUGGUGGUCGGCAACACAAUCCUAUUGUCGCUUUGGCCAUUUAACCUCUUCUACGCCUUCAAUUGCUCCACUCGUGCCUGGGCUGUGGUUGCCACUGCCAGGGAAGAUUGGAUGUACAUUCCAAUCUGGGAACGUGGUGUGUACGUGGAGGAAGAUGACACCAUCUACUUCCUCUGUAAAACUUUUGUCUACGCCUACAAGCUGCGCAAGGAUCAGGAUCGGUAUCAGAUGGCACCGCCUACCACACUUGGUCGUGUUUGUCCUUUCACCCAUGAAGGGUAUGGGUUCACCACACUUCCUCUCAUAUCUUGGUGGUGGGAUCAUGUGCUCUGUCUGGAUCAGCCUGAAGCUCCCCUGCAAUUGUGAUGCUAAACAUGUGCUGAUCACCACAUUUCGAGUCAAGGGAGAUGACAGUGAGCACUUCGUUCCCAAAGGUGUGAAAGUCUUGCAUUCCACCAUCCGCAGCUUAGACACGAUACCGAGCAAGUACCUUGAAUCCUACCCUGACUUCAGCUUUCUACAGGAGUAUGAGGAGUUCAACCAUGAGAGUGCAACACCCCCUCCGAAAAGGAUGAAACCGGAUGUAACAGAAUCCUUAAUGCUGCUGGAGGACAUGGAAGUUCCAGCCAGCUCCAAUGUGGUCAAGUCCUACAAUAUGCUUGCUUGUUGCAGAGAAUUCUGGAAUGAAAUGCCAUUGUCAUGCGCUGUUAUGCUUGAGGGAUCUGCUAUCCGGACCAACAAAACAUUAUAUAUUAUUUGCCAAGAGCCUUCUUACUCAACUGUGUAUAAGAUUAAUAUUGUGGAGGGAAGAUUGACUUGCCAUGACAAGUCUCUCACACCACAUUGCAUUCUGGAGACAUCUAUGAGCCACGUUGAGGACGAUAUCCUGAAUCGGCUUCACAGACCAUGGCAUUUUGUUUGUGACAGCAGAUUCAUAUAUGCUGUUCCAUCUGUUAAAAAUAAAGUUUAUUCAUGUUGUUUGGAUCAGGGACACAUCAAUCAUAUUGAUUCAGCAUGGCCUAUUGGUGUUGAAUUCCUCCUUUUUGUUCAAGUUGGUGUCAAGGUUGUUGCUAUAUGUGAUACUCUCCAAGUUGUAUAUCAUUUGUUUCAAGGUGAAUGGACACGUCAUGAGACAUCUGGCUCCCCUGGAGAUAAGAAGAUUAGCCUCUCUGGAUAUGCAGUCUUGAGUUCUUGUACUUUUAUGGUGUCUGAUGCCAAAACAAAAUACUUGCUCUGGAUAUGGAGCAUUGUCAUGCCACCAGAACCUCUACCAAGCGGUUGGCCUAUAAGGGCUUGCCUAAGUGAAAGAUGUGUAUUUGCCAAGGGUUUUAUUUACACUUGCUCACAUGAGGGACUUGUUGCAUAUGAGCUAGUCGAACAAGGAGAUUCUUAUAACCUUGGAGCUGGGAGCGUAACCGAAUGUGCUUGGAGUAUGUUGGUGAAGACACAACUGGUGCCAUUAUGUUUUGUGUGAUGAAAGAUGAUCAUAUUACUCAGCCGGAUUAUUCAGACAAUGAUAGACCUCCUGAGAUACCUGUACGUAUCACUACUGUCCAGGUGAAGACUGAAGAAAUGCCUGAUGGUAAACUGAAACCAAAGACGAUUGGUCAUGUGGACAUUGGCACAACUUUCGUUGAGUGGAAUGGAGGGGCAAUUUGGACCCGAGAUUGCUUUGCAGCUGCCAGUAUUCAAGCCUGAUGCUCGCUGUAACUUAUGUGCUCAAAAUUGCGUGUAAUAUUAAAUCUAUAACUUACCAUGCAUCAUGAAACUCGUCUGAGAUGCAGUGGGGUGUUUUGAAACAUGUGGACAGUGGGCAUGUUAUGGUUGUUGAAUGUGGACUUUCAACUAUUGACUGUGAGAAUAUAGGACUUCCAAAAAUAGGUAUUUUGUCU